CUGGGGCUGACAAGCUCUCUACCAUUCUAUUCGCAGAUACAGAUUGCUGCUGCUGGUGAGCCAGCGGUGUGGAGGUAAAAUGUCGCACGAUUCGGACGUUCGUGCCUGCCUGAUGCAAGAGCCCAUGGUCGUACAACCCCCCAGCUGCCUUUUUCUUGUGCGACUUCCCCCCCAAGUUUCCUUCCUCCUCCUCAACCUGAAUCCUUUGUCUACCUAGUAACUUCAAUACGGCUUCGCCUCGAAACAAUCGACCUUCCUGACAGCUUCACUCAUCUUCCUACAGUGUCAACAUGUCUGCACCCAGAGCUUACCAGUUCAUCGCCUUGAGACGUCUGGCAGCUGGCGGCAGCCGUCGUCAACUCCAUAUGACUGGCCCCGCUACCUUCCCCUCGCCAUUGCUCACUGCUGAGCGUCCUGUUUCGAACCUUCCACGUGACAUUGCAGGCCUCAGAGCCGAGUGCAAGAGACGCAAGCUGGAUUUCUCUGGCUCUAUGCACGACCUCAUGGGUCGUCUCUCCGCUGACGACUUGACUCACUCUCGUGCUUUCACCACCGCUGUCAAUGCCAGCAAGCGUCCUAGCACUGAGCAGAAGGACGAGGUCAAGGCUGUUCGUCACUUCAACACCAGCCGUACACUCAAGGCCGUGAACGACAGCUCUACCAUUGACUUUGCCUACUUCCCUGACUUUGACCCUGACAACGCCGAGAGCUUUACUCUCCGCGUUCCUCUUCUUCCCACCAACUUCAGUCCUGCACGUGUCGGUGCACACGCGCCAGAGGCCGAUGAUGCGAUUGUCAUCAGACCACAGAUCAGCACUAUGGCAAACGACAAGAUCAUAAGCAACUUCUCCGAGGUAUCGGACAACAAUGCUAUGCCUAUCGACUUCCACGCCAUGGCGGAUCGAGUUGCGGCAGCGACCCAGAAAGCAGUCAAAGCACCUCUGGCUGAGCAGACUAGUAUCAUGAAGCAGUUGUGGAAAGGACUCGUCGAAGACUUCCAAGGCGUUCACGCAAAGCCCAUUGCAGCUUGAAGCUGAUCAAGGAUUGGCGUCGAGUUGUUUUGAUGAUGUAGAUGUUUAUCGACGGACAAUGCAAUUGACAUUUUGAGGUCGG